UGUUAGCUCAGCUUGUUCCUCUGAUAACUUAUGAUGUAUGAUGACUUAAAUCUUCAUUGGGUUAAAAUGUAUAGUUAAAAACAACCAAAGGAGAUAUGAAGUCAUUGACAGGCAACCAGUGAAACGAAUCAUUACCUGAGUAAAACUACGGAUUUCUCUGGGUUUGAACAUUGUUGGAAACAUUUGGGAUAAUCAUUGUGCCAACAGAGGGCGCCAGAGAAUGAUGGAGGCUUUAAUCCAGAGCAGAUACCCCUCUACAGAAAUUCCCUGCUCUAGCUGAAAUGACAUCAGCGUCUCCUCCCACUAACCAGCCUCCCAGGCAGCCAUCCAUGCUCCCAGCCCCCUGCAUGCAAAGAUUGUCUAUGCUCUGGAAGAUCUCACCGCACACCCGCCCCCAAGACUGGCCUGCUCCUCCAGCCCCUGGCCACCUGAUUGGCCGAGAGAGACGUCAAUCCGGGGAUUAUCCGCGCACUGCAGCAGCAGCAGUACUCCAGGUUUGCCUCCCUCCUCAUCCUCUUCCUCUGUUCGGAGCUUUUUUUUUUUUGCCGGGUCGUCCAGGUUGUGUGUGUCGAGGCCGGUGGUGGUGGUGGUGGAAAAGAAGAUGGGACUACCUGCUCUGGAGUUCAGUGACUGCUACUUGGACAGCCCGCAGUUCAGGGAGAGACUCAAGUCCCACGAACUGGAGCUGGACAAGACCAACAAGUUCAUCAAGGAGCUGAUCAAAGACGGCAAGGCUCUGAUCCAGGCUCUGAAAUGUCUGUCAACGGCCAAGAGGAAGUUUGCUGACUCUCUCAACGAGUUUAAAUUCCAGUGUAUUGGAGAUGCCGAGACGGAUGAUGAGAUAUGCAUAGCCAAGUCUCUGCAGGAGUUCGCCGCGGUCCUACAGAACCUGGAGGAUGAGAGGACACGCAUGAUCGAGAAUGCCAACGAUGUGCUGAUUAUGCCUCUGGAGCGGUUCAGGAAAGAACAGAUCAGUGCAGCCAAGGAAGCCAAGAAAAAAUAUGACAAAGAGACAGAGAAGUAUUGUGCAGUGCUCGAGAAGCACCUUAGCCUUUCAGCAAGGAAGAAAGAGUCACAUCUACAUGAGGCGGACAACCAGGUAGAUAAUGUACGGCAGCAUUUCUACGCCGUUUCUCUGGAGUACGUCUUCAAGGUGCAGGAGGUCCAAGAGAGGAAGAUGUUUGACUUCGUGGAGCCUCUGUUGGCCUUUCUCCAAGGCCUGUUCACCUACUAUCACCAUGGCUAUGAGCUGGCAAAGGACUUCAACCAUUUCAAGACUGAUCUCACCAUCAGCAUACAGAAUACGAGGAACCGUUUUGAGAGCACGCGGUCGGAGGUGGAGUGUCUGAUGAGGAAGAUGAAGGAGAACCCACAUGAACACAAGAGUGUCAGCCAGCAUACCAUGGAGGGAUACCUGUUUGUACAGGAGAAGCGCUCAUUUGUAUCUACCUGGGUGAAGUACUACUGUACGUACCAUCGUGAGCCCAAGAGGGUCACCAUGGUCCUGUUUGACCCUAAAUCAGGAGGGAAAAUGGGAGAAGAAGAGAGCUUCAUGCUCAAGUCCUGCACCAGGAGAAAGACCGACUCAAUAGAAAAGAGGUUUUGUUUUGAUGUGGAGGCUGUUGACAGGCCGGGAGUGAUCACUAUGCAGGCACUGUCAGAAGAAGACCGCAGGUUGUGGAUGGAGGCCAUGGAUGGGAGAGAACCGGUCUACAAUCUGAACAAAGACAAUCAGGCUGAAGGCAUGGCCCAGCUGGAUGUGAUCGGGUUUAACGUGAUGAAAAAAUUUAUCUACGCAGUAGAUACUCGAGGUAUCAAUGAGCAGGGCUUGUACAGGAUAGUUGGCGUCAGCUCCAGAGUACAAAAACUACUGAGCCUCGCUAUGGAUCCUAAGACAUGUGCUGACGUGGAGCUGGAAAACCCUGAGUGGGAGAUUAAGACUAUCACGAGUGCUAUCAAGCACUAUCUCAGAAUGCUGCCUGCACCACUCAUGACAUACCAGUACCAGAGGAGCUUCAUCAAAGCUGCCAAGCUGGACAACCCAGAGGCCAGGGUGACAGAGAUCCAUGCUCUGGUGCACCGGCUGCCUGAGAAAAACCGACAGAUGCUGGAGCUGCUGAUGAAACACCUGGCCAAUGUUGCUAAUCACCACCAGCAGAACCUGAUGACCGUCGCCAAUCUGGGUGUGGUCUUCGGGCCAACUCUGCUCCGCCCUCAGGAGGAGACGGUGGCCGCCAUCAUGGACAUCAAGUUCCAGAACAUUGUAGUAGAGAUCCUCAUAGAACACAAUGAGAGGAUAUUCAAGGACAUGCCGAAUUCUGCAGGCAGUUCGACCAACAUGCAGCUCAACCUGCCCAGGAGGAGAAGCACCGAGAGCAAAGCCCCAUCGUGCAGUGAGAGGCCUCUCACACUCUUCCACACACCAACACAUUCCCAGAAAAGCGAAAAGAGAAACAGUGUGGUCAAUGCCACAGUCGCCGAGCUGCAGCAGCCUGUUUCCUCAUCUGCUAACUGUAACAGCAGCAGCAGUAGCAACAGCAGCAGCCAAGGUCGGACCCCAAGACACAGCCUGACCAGCAAUGAUGGAGAGCAGGACUCCCGGCAGAUCCGGCCCAGCUCACUGUUGAACCCAAAGAGUCGCAGCAGCAUACCAACCAGUGCAACGUCUCCCAGCCCCACCUCACCACGUUCUCCCUCCUGGCCAAUGUUCUCAGCCCCAUCAAGUCCUCAACCCACGUCCUCUGCCUCCAGUGACUCAUCCCCUGUCAGUAUUGUGGGAAGGAAGGCUCGAGCACUGUAUGCCUGCAAGGCAGAGCAUGACUCAGAGCUGUCCUUCAUUGCUGGGACCAUCUUUGAGAACGUUCAUGCCUCCAGGGAGCCCGGUUGGCUGGAAGGCACUCUGGAUGGCCGAACAGGACUAAUACCAGAAAACUAUGUGGAGUUUUUAUAGUCCAGGGCUGAGAAGAACUUGAACUGAAUGAUACUGGGCUGGAGAUUACCAAAACUGGACUGUUAAGAGGUCUAGAUUUGACUGCACAAGACUGAACAAACUCUAUUAGAUCAUAUGCUAUAGUGAACUGGAUCACUGUUGAUGAUGCCGCUUUUGUCUUGACUAGACUGGGAAUUGAAACUGGACCAAGCAGAACUAUAUGGAUAUGACGUAGGAACAGAGCUGCGUGAACGGGGUGGGGUGGGGGGGGUGGGGACCUAUGAAUUGCACUGGAAAAAAAGCCCCACUGUGGUUCUGGCUGUUCGGAUUAGUGGGGAUGACUUCCCAAGUCCUGGUGAAGAUGAUGUGGUAAUGAACCUGGUGUGUGUGUGUGUGUGUGUGUGUGUGUGAGAGAGAGAGAGAGAGAGAGAGAGAGAGAGAGAGAGAGAGAGAGAGAGAGAGAGAGAGAGAGAGAGAGAGAGAGAGAGAGAGAGAGAGAGAGAGAGAGAGAGAGAGAGAGAGAGAGAAAAUCAUUUGCGAGUUGGGAGGCUUGUGAUUUUUCAGCCCUUGCUUUAUGAAUUUGAACUGCACUGCCACUGCUUCAGCGUCUCCUCUUUUUAUCAGCCAGAAAUAGAUUUUCCUGCGGAGAUCAAGGAGGUGAUGACAGGGAACAUAAAACAAAGCAAGUGGCUUUUAACUUUGGACUUGCUAGUUCACCUCUUCACGUGUGCUGUUUGAAUGAUUGCUAAUCGCAUUGGAGCUUUUAAAGCCGAUUUAAAUGAUUGGGUUUUGUUGUACAGCUGUAAAUGUGUUUGUGAGCACUCGCUGUGGUGGUCCGGUAAUUCCCAAGGACAAGACUCAACCUGGCUAAUGUUUCAGAGCGCCAGUUCAGCAACAAGAGCCCCAGGGCAGAUCAGCACUGGAUGAGGUCGCCUUGAAAACAGUUCGCCGAAAGGUCAGCUUUGGGUUUAUUCUUAUUUAUAAUACCUCUCCCUGCAGAGCCCUCACAAAAAAUGUGAAAAAUUUCAAACAAGCUCCACAAGCAGAUCAGCGGUUUACAAAGCAGUGUAGGAGUAACAUCUGAUUCCUGCUGGUUAAAACAAGCCCAGCUGUGAGGCCUAGCCCUGCUUCUCCAGCUUAGAUAUUUUUUUGAUUGUUGGAAAUAAUUGGACCCAGUAUCGUAUAUAGUGUCGAGUCAUGUUUGCACUAUUUGAAACCAUUCUGGGAAAACUCAUCAACUGGAGUGUUCACAUUAGAGUGCCGGAGUUCAAAAGCAUCAAGUUUUGAUUGAUCAUAUGUAUUUAUUUUAAGCCUCUUAUCUUUUUCUCCUAGUUUUAACCAUCAUGCACAAUCAAUCUGUUGCUUUACUGUAGAUGCUUUAAUCUUCAACAGCAUGGAUUGAGCAAACAAUUGAAGUCAUUUCAAAGUCAAAAUAAGACACAGUCAUCUGAGUCCUGUAUGUCAUGACCCAUCACAAGGGUUUUUUUUUUCUGUUUUUAUGUAGAAUUACAGAGACAAUGCUAAUAAUGUAAUUAUCUAAAGGGGAUGCACAUUUCCAUUUGGAUUCAGAGUUUACAGCCAAGGCUGUUAUUCACAAGUAAAAGAAACGCAGAUGUGGUUUUUCGGAGAAGCUCAGACAUUUGAAGGAAAGAGAAAAUAUUUUUCAGAAUUGUUCAGAUAUGUAUAUGAAAGCUGGUCUGCUUUGGGGAUCCAAUAGAUAUCCUCAUUUCAUGAGUCAAAGCUGAACUUUUAGCUUGAACCACUUUGUGAACGUCUGUGACUUUUCUGUAAAGUUUUUUGUUGAACUUUUUAUUUUAGGACAGAAUAUUAAAAGAACAUUUUAGCAUUUUAAAGUCAAAUGGGAGAGUAACAAAAAAAAAAACUUAAAUGUGAAAUGAGACUACUUUGUUCAUACCUGAACUUCUUAUUUAUGAGAGUUUCUUAAAGACACAAUCCUGAACUGUAUUCAUUUUGAGGUGUUUUAUCGACAUUGUAAAUAAAUACGCAGCAUUUGAUAAGGUAUAAUUUUUUUAAGUAUGAAAUUUUAUAUUUUGUAUUUUUAGCAUACUAACUUAAUUCCUUAAUUCCAUCUUUGUUGCUCAGAUUUUUUGUAUCAUUUAAGUCUAUCUACAGCCUUAAAUAUUCUUUCAGAUGUUUUGGUGAAUUGAUUGUGCACAAUUAAAGAUAAACGUUCAACAGCU